AUGCAGUCUGCCCCCGGGGCCGAGGUGGUGCGGAGCUGCCUGGGAAAGACUUUGGGCACCUACCUGAUGGAUGAGUUUCAUCUGGCAGAAGGUAUCGUUAUAUCUGCAAAUCAAGCAGCAAAAAUCCUAAAUAACAAGAAGGCAACACUUGUGUGCAAAGACACCGCGCAAGCAAUAUGGGGCACGGAUGGCUUUGUGAACCGAAGUGUGAGUGGCGUUGCUGCCCCCAAGCUCAGAGCAGCUGGGGAGUUGCCGAAGCAGCCACUUACACCUACGAAAGUGAACGUCGUGACAGCCACAGUCCGCUACUGCGGCCAGUUAAAGGGCGAAGAUGUGACCACAGCUGUGGCCUCCAUUGCCAAGCUUCUCUCCGAGAAGAUAGAAGACGUGAUGAAAUCGAGCAAGCGACUGGCGCUAGCCAUUAGGGGCUGA